UCAGAGCCGGGAGCGCGGUGUGUAUAAAUAAGCGCGCGUCCACGUUCCUCCACACCGGAGCUGCUGUCACGCGAGCCGGACGCUGACUGCGGGACACUUUACGUCUGUCACAAGGCGACGGCGGGCUGGUAACAUCACAGGUGCCUUGCAACUCCCAGCACAACCCCGGAGCCAGUGCUGAAAAAUGGGGUUUGCUUUUGCAGCAUCUCUGCUUUUUCUACUUCCGAUGAUUCAGGCAGCUUGUCCAGAUAAAGAAGCAGGUCUGCAGCCAUGGAACCCCGGUCACAGGGAAACCCAUCGGGUCACCAUUGGUCAUGGCAGAAAAGUGGUCCUCACCUCCUCAGCCACUGUUCACUCCAUUGAGAUUGUUGAUGGGGGGAAGCUUGUGAUUGCUGACACCAGUCGACCGAUAGUUCUGCGAACAAAGCACAUUCUUAUCGGAAACAACGGGGCACUCCUUAUUGGAAGCCCUGACUGUCCCUAUAAAGGCAACCUAACUAUUUCCCUGUAUGGAAGGUCUGAUGACAGCGAUGUGCCCCACAGCUACUUUGGGAGAAAGUACAUUGGUGUUGGAACUGGGGGCACACUUGAAAUCCAUGGAGAGAAGAAGCUGGCAUGGACCUUUCUGAACAGAACCCUCCAUCCAGGAGAGAAUAAUGACAAUAAUUAUCAUUUUGAGAGAGGAUGGGGUAACCGUGGUAUCAUCGUCCACGUUGUUGAUCCCAAGACUAGUGAGGUGCUGCACUCUGACAGGUUUGAUACAUACAGGAGCAAGGAUGAGAGUCGGCGUCUGGCCCAGUAUGUGGAGGCAGUGGAGGAUGGCAUGAUACUGGCAAUGGUGGUAAAUGAUGAGGGCUCCAAUAAUCUGGAGGACUUGGCAAGGAAGGCCCUGAUGAAAUUGGGCAGCCAGCAGUUCCACCAGCUGGGCUUUCGCCACCCCUGGACCUUUAUCACUAUUAAAGGGGAUUCAUCCUCCUCUGUGGAAGAUCAUGCAGUUUAUCAAGGGACCAAGGCUUCAUCCCAGGCUCAGAGUUCACGUGUCUUUCAGUCUGGUUAUGGCGAUCACUUCACCAUCACCACCACCAGCCAGUGGGUGCAAGAGGCUGAGUGGACUGAGUGGUUUGACCGUGAUGAUGAGAGGGGUUCUGGAGACUGGGAGAAACUGGCUGACAUCCGCAGUGCUUUUCCAGAGCGCCUCUGCAGUAGCCCACUGGACAUUCAAGCAGAGACGCAUGACGGAGUCCCGUCCAAUCUGACGGGGCAGGUUUUCUACAAGAAUGACAAGGAUUAUGGAUUCGUGUGCCUUAAUAAAGACCAGCCCAAUGGGAUCUGUCACAACUAUAAAGUGCGCUUUCUCUGUGGAAAACUUGUUCGCCCCCAUGCAUCCAUCACCAUUGACACACAUUCCAACACCAGCAUUCUGGAGCUGGCUGAUGACACCAGCAGCUGGAAGCCUGGGGACACACUAGUGGUGGCCAGCACUGACUACUCGAUGCACCAGGCCGAGGAGUUCCAGAUUCUCCCCUGUCCAGCCUGCACCCCCUUCCAGGUGAAGGUGCAAGGUAAGCCAUCCUACCUUCACAUGGGAGAAGAGGUGGACGGGGUGGACAUGAGGGCGGAAGUGGGCCUUCUCACUCAGAACAUCCUCAUCAGGGGAGAGAUGGAGCCCAGGUGCUAUGGGACCGAGGCCUGCAAGUUCUUCAACUUUGAUACCUUUGGCGGGCAUUUGAAGGUGGAGCAUGGGUUCAAGGCUGUGCACAUCCAGGGUGUGGAGCUGAUGCACAUGGGCCAGCAGUCCAUGGGCCACUAUCCCGUGCACUUCCACAUGAACGGUGAUGUAGAUGAGCAAGGAGGCUACAACCCACCCACUUAUGUGCAGGGAUUGUCCAUUCACCACAGCUUCUCCCGCUGUGUUACAGUGCACGGCUCCAACGGUCUCCUGGUGAAGGAUGUGGUGGGCUACGAUGCGCUGGGGCACUGCUUCUUUACGGAGGAUGGCCCAGAGGAGCGCAACACCUUCGAACACUGCCUGGGCCUGCUGGUGAGGGCAGGCACCCUGCUUCCCUCCGACCGGAACAGCCGCAUGUGUCGCCACAUUACGGACGGUGCCUUCCCUGGCUAUGUGGCCAACCCACGGCAGGACUGCAGCGCCACGUCCACGUUCUGGAUGGCCAACCCCAACAACAACCUCAUCAACUGUGCAGCUGCGGGCUCCGAAGAGACGGGCUUCUGGUUCAUCUUUCACCAUGUUCCCACUGGGCCCUCGGAGGGCAUGUACUCCCCCGGCUACACAGAGCACACCCCCAUGGGAGUCUUCCGCAACAACCGCGCCCACUCCAAUUACAGGGCUGGGAUGAUUCUGGACAAUGGAGUUAAAACCACACAAGCCAAUGAAAAGGACAAGAGGCCUUUCCUCUCCCUAGUAGGUGCCAGGUAUGGUCCGCACCAGGACUCGGACCCCUUAAAGCCCAGGGUGCCAGCGUUGAUCCACCACUUUGUGGCUUAUAAGAACCAGGACCAUGGUGCCUGGCUGCGGGGAGGAGACGUGUGGCUGGACGACUGCCAAUUUGCUGAUAACGGGAUUGGACUGACACUUGCCAGUGGGGGCACGUUCCCGGACGAUGACGGCUCUAAGCAGGAGGUGAAGAACUCCUUGUUUGUGGGGGAGAGCGAGAACCGGGGAACACCCUUCCCGGACAAUCAGAACUGGGGGCCCGGCGGCCAGGACCUGAACGGGAGGAGUCUUCCCAGAGGAGUGAACUUUCCCAUCCGUGGCAUGCAGAUCUACGACGGACCCAUUAACGUCCAGAACUGCACGUUCCGCAAAUAUGUGGCACUCGACGGCCGUCACACUAGUGCUAUUGGCUUCCGGCUCAACAACUCCUGGCAAAGCUGCCCCAACAACAAUGUCUCUGACAUCAUGUUUGAUGACGUCCCAAUCACAUCCCGGGUGUUCUUUGGGGAGCCAGGCCCCUGGUUCAACAAGAUGCAGAUGGAUGGGGACAAGACCACAGUCUUCCAUGAUGUGGAUGGCUCAGUCAGUGAAUACCCAGGUGCUUUCCUGGUUAAGGAGGACAACUGGCUACUGCGCCACCCAGAUUGCAUCGACGUGCCUGACUGGCGGGCAGCCAUCUGCAGCGGCCACUAUGCCCAGAUCUACGUUCAGAUACGGCACCCAGCUAACCUGAACAUGAAGAUGGUGAAGGACGAGUAUCCGGAUCGGCCCCUGAUCCUGGAGGGGGCCUUGGGAAAGAAGAGACACUACCAGCAGUUCCAGCCCGUAGUGACCCUGGCCAAGGGCUACACAGUGCACUGGGACCGAGCUGCGCCUGCUGAGGUCAUAGUGUGGCUCAUCAACUUCAACAGGGAUGAUUGGAUCAAUGUGGGCUUCUGCUAUCCCAAAGGAACAAACUUCACCAUUAUCUCAGACAUUCACAACCGGCUCACCAAGCAGACCAGGAAGCAGGGGGUCUUCCAAAAGAUGCAGCAGAGGGAAAAACUGGAGCACAGCCAUCCAGGCUGGGGAUACUACUACUGGGAAGAGGAGACUGGUCUCCUCUUCCUGAAAGUCAAAGCGCACAAUGACAAGGCCGACCUUGCCUUCUGCUCCGUGAAGGGCUGUGAAAGGAUAAAGAUCAAUGCGUUCAUUCCCAAGGGCAGCGGUCCCAGCGACUGUAUGGCUGAGGCCUACCCUGCACAUGCCCAGAUGCCCAUUGUAGACGUUCCCAUGCCCCAGAAGCGACCAGCCAACCAGCUGCAGGACUCAAAAGACCACUUCCUGGAGGUCAAGCUGGAGGCGUACAACACUCGCCUCUUCAACUUCAAGAAGGACUUUGCUUAUGCAGAGGUCAAUGGAAGGAAGAUGUACCAGCGUGAAGAUGGGGUGCAGCUGACUGUCAUCGAUGCUCACAGUGGCAAGGUGCUGGACACCAAGGGCUUCAGGAACUCUCUCCUGCUGGGCAUUCCUGCUCAGAUUGAGAGCUACGUCUCUAGCCUCAAAGACGAAUCUGUUGUGAUGAUCACCUCCAAAGGACGCCUUGUGACCAAAGGACCUUGGACCAAAGUACUAGAACAACUUGGAGCAGAUAAGAACAUCAGAUUAAAGGAAAAGCUGGCGUUUGUGGGCUUCAAAGGAAGUUUCCAGCCUGACUGGAUCAAACUUGUGACAGAUGAGGAAGGGGCCAAAAUUCACCAAGUGCUGCCCAUCCCAAUGACGAAGAAGAUGAAGCUAUGAGAGCUGGGAUGGGGCAUAGGCAGGGGCUGGGGAUUUGACAAGGAUGAUCACAAAGUGUGAAAGCUUGUACGCUGCACAGAAAGGACUACUGAGAAAACUAACAGCAUGCAUUAGUAUUGUCUAACUACCUUUCCGGUUGGUCUUGGUGUAUGUGACAAUGUGGCCGUGAGUGAUUCGAUUGUAUUGUUCGUUGAAUUUACAGUACUUGAACGGAAAAAAGAAAAAACAUUCCUUUGUCCUCCUUAGUGGUGUUAACCUACGUCUCAUUCCAAGGGAAAUUAAUCUCAUACUGUGCAGGAUUUCUGAUGUUAAUACGUGUUUUUCAUAAUCGUUUCAUUUCAGAAUUUGUGGACCAUUUGUAUAUGUUGUAAAUGUGUAUGUACCAGCAAAACACUUAAGCUGUAAAAUCACCAAAGCAUUUUAACCUAAAUUGUCACGUUAAACAAAUGGAUUCCCCUCAAAAGUUAUUUACAGUACCCAGCGCUCAAGUUAUCUUCAUUUCGAGGGUCAACUAAAGGAUGCAUAAGCUAAUUUGUUUCAGACUGGUAAGAAGCAGAAAUCUUGUUCCCCUAUGCCGAAAUAGCUGGUCUUUUUUCGGGAACUGUAGCUGUUAGGGUUUUGUACGUUAAAUGUGUUUCUAAAAUACAACAGAUUGAUAAUAGAUAUAUAUUUUCUAAUUAUUUAUUGUACAGGCACAAAUGAACAAUUUAGAAGGGACACCUUUUGAGUUGUAUUUACUGUAUUUCUGUCCUAACUGUAAAAAGAAAUUCCACAAGGAUAUAAAAAUUGAUACCUACAGACUUGUAUAUGGUUCACUGUGUACAAAAUCUAAAGUUGUUCAAGCAGCAAAUGAAAUGGAUGUGAAAUAAUUAUGACUUUGGCAUAAACAUGUUCAGUUCCAUUCACUUUUGAUUAAAGAAAAAAUUACGAACCUUUGUAAAAAAAAUAAAAGAAAAACUGA